AACUGGUCGCCUGCUCUUUUCCUUGCACCUUGCCAGUACGCACGACAGGCCUGUCCAGCCCUCUCCGCAUGGCUAUGCCGAGUCUCCACUGCCUCCGGGAACCUGUCUUCAAACUUCAAUUCUUAGAUCUGUCUACGAUAAUCUAAACGUCCGCCGGCUCAUUUUGGCUGGUUGACUCGUUCACCUUGGAACUAGAAUCAUGGCGAUUAAUGCCCGUAUCACUUGAGGAGCUCGAAUGCAGCACCCUGACCAUGUAGUAGAUCUACAUUUCGAAGCAGUUGUCGUCAAAUGACACCCUCGGCUUCAGACUAUCAUCACGAAUUGUCGCAAGCUGUGUGCCAGAACCAGCGUUAUCGAUCCCCUAAAGCUCUUCAAUCAUGUCGCGACCCCAGGUUGGAAUCGAUCGCCUACCAGCGAGACGGAUGAGCAACGAACCGAGGGAGUCCAUGAAUUGCAAGAGUUGUCGGAAGAGAAAAAUAAAAUGCAACCGAAUGCGCCCGACUUGUGAAGCGUGCCAGAUAUUCGCAUGCCAGUGUGUCUAUGACGCUAUCCCAAAGAAACGUGGGCCCAAAACCGAUGUUCUCGAGGCAUUGCUCAAGCGUGUCGACGGCCUUGAAAAGAGACUACAAACCGAAGAAUCCGAGAAACAAGAAGAAGAGCCGGUGUCGUCAAACGAAAGUGCAGUCGACAAUGUCGUACAAGACUCAAGUCACGGUGCCGCGAACGAUCAAGCCGGAGCGACUGCAAAUCACAAAUCUUCCGAACCAGAGCAACCCCAUUCGAACAACAUACCACCGCUCAUCCCCCCGGAAGGCAACUCCCAACCCCCUCCCAGUAUAUACCCGGAGGUGCUCGUCGAUGCAUACUUUGCUCAACUUCAUGGCAAACCCUACUAUAUCCUUGAUGAAUUGUCCACUCGCCAGAAGAUACAACUUAAGCAACUUCCGAACCCGCUUGCUUAUGCUAUAUAUGCUGUUAGCGCAAGAUAUGCUUCUCAUGUCGGAGGCUAUGCAAAUGCUGUACGCGUGUCGAUAGAUUUCGCUAAGAAGGCUCGGCUUGAGCUCGACGUAGACGAGCCCUCUAUCGAAUCGUUACAGGCACUCCUGCUACUGUCGUUAGCAAGCUAUCAAAAUGGACGAGGAAAGAAGGCGUACAUGCUUUUAUCCUCUGCUAUUACCAUGGCUCUAGCUCUAGGUCUCCAUAGGGAACUCCCCUCAACAAUGAGGAUCCCCGCCACUGAACGAGAAGGUCGAAGACGAUUGUUCUGGGCGUGCUAUCUCCUCGAUCGAUUUGGAGCUUGCGGUUCGAGACGGCCAUCCCUGAUUGCCGACGAAUCCAUCGUCCUCCGGCUGCCCUCAUGGCAGCUUCAUCCAAGCGGCAUGACCAUCGAAGGCGAUUACUUCUCGACCGGUUCGAAUCUCCAAUAUCUAAGAAGUGGGAAGCAAAGUCAUGGAGGGAGUGGCAUGCUUAUUGGUAUCACUCGAAUACUAGGAGUGACGAAUCGAUACCUAGCAAAUGGAGGUGUGAAAGGGGACUCGCACUUCCCUUGGCACUCACUUUCUAAUUUGUCCAAAAUCCGACAAGACCUGGACAUGUGGGCAUCAGAGACGCAGGACGUCUUUGCAUCCUUGGAGACGCUUUUCGGCCAACCAGACAGUACGAUUCUCGUAUUAAGCAAGCUGGUCUACCACCUUAUUCAUUGUCUAAUCUACCGCCCAUUCCUUCCCAUCGACCUCACCGAGCUCUCCGGUAAUAGUCAGCAUCAAUCCUGGCAAAUCGAAGCGACGAACAUGUGUUUUCUCCACGCCAACGCAAUUUCUGAGCUCGUCGAGAUCGGGAAGGCAUCUACCCUUAUUGAAUGGCCGGAAUUUAUCGGCUACUGUGUCAGCACUGCUGGAAUGAUCCAUGUUCAUGGGACACAUUAUCGAGGCGGCGAAGGAGGGGAUCGAACCGUCUUCGCGGGAAGCCCAGAGUUCCUAUCCCGAGAGAUGCAGCAGCUCUCCGAACUGCGGUCCAUAUGGGCAGGAGUUCAACAUCAGUGUGAUAUGCUGCAGGCAAUUUACAAUUGUCAUAUUGAACUCGUCAAAUCGCUUGCUUCAAAUCCUCUUCGUUUCUCAUCUGUCUUUCACCUCGAAGGGUUCUUCGAUCGGUACCCUGGUCGGAUGUUCGACGGGUCGCAUCUGUCGUUCGUCGAAAUACAAGUCGACCCAAUGGCAUUUGAGAGCACCAUGUCUCCAUACGGACUCAAUAAUCAAGGGUUUGUGAAUAUGGCCCUCGGGUCAAAUGGAUCUAUGAUUCAUCAGCAACAGCAAUACUUCCCACCGCAACGGCAGGUGUCCGCAUCAGUGCCUCAAGGGGGGCGAAAGAGAAGACGCACGACGACAUCGAAUCCUACCAAACCCUCACCCCCUCUCAGUGCGGCUGCUAUUCCCUCAAACAGCAAAAAGCAGCCUCAGGACACUUCUGGUACUCAACCCUUUAUGUCCGAGCUUCCACCACCGAACCAAACACUCUCUUCUUCUGAGACCAAGCCUCCACCCUCUCAGCAGCCUAACCCUUCGGGUCCAAUCUUCUCUCCCAACUUCUCUUUCUCUCCUCUCCAACCUACGAAUUUCCCGAAUCCCACAAACAACGCCACAAAUCCCUCGCAGCCUUCCUCUACUAAUAACUAUAACAAUAACGGCCCAUCCUACCGUUUCCCUGACCAGCUGCUCUCCCUUCCCUUCGACGGAUCAACAAGCACGGAUCCAUCCGGCCAACCGAUUUUGGGAUACGAAGCGUCCGGCACGAAUACGAUGUCCAAUUCGGCGUUUGUGAGCAUGCCCGGCCCAUCCGACAUGCAGACACCCGGAUCAAGUUCGGCGGUGAGCGGAGGCGGGACGAGUGGAAGCGCGGAAGGGGAGAAGGAUCCUUUCUUGAGCUUACUUGAACAGCUUGCGGAGAGCGAAGGACCGGAUGGAGGAGGUCUCGAUUUGGAUUUCUUCCUGGCUGGUGGGAACGCCUAAAACAUCUGUAUUUGUCUGGAUGGUUGCGUGGGUCGGAGCUUUUGACAGGUUCAUAUGAAUCUGGGUUAUCUGGUCAAACAGGAAGGUCAGGGCCAUGAAUGUCUAUAUGAUAGUUUUUAUUAUUGUAAAUUUAACGUUUUGAUGAAUCG